AUGCCAGCCACUCUCCCACUCGAACUUGUCCUCGACAUCGUCCGCGCCUACAUCCAGCGCGACUUCUUCGACGAAGAUUGGUGGCCCUACCACGCCCGCCUCGCACCGCUCUGCCUCGUCUGCAAGGACUUCCAGGACGUCGUACAGCCCGUCUUGUGGUCUCACUUGCGCCUCACGAGUAGCAGCCAGCUCAAACAGCUCCAUGCGCCGGCCCUCUUCAAGCACGUCGAGGAGUUCUUGGGACUCGGGCCAGUCGACCCUAUCGGCCAGCAAAAGGAUGAGCGUCCGGCUCAGCUCAUUCGUUGGACGAUGCCAAGCGUCGGCAGCGUAGUCUUGAGGGGCUUUGGGAGGGGAAGGCUGUCGAUGGAGGCUUGGGCUCCCUUCGCCGCUUUGCGCUCCCUCGCACUCGACAACUACGUACUCUCCGACAUGCCGCCUACCCUUCACCUUCCCAACCUCGAAACCCUUUCCCUCGUCCGCGUUCGCGCCUGGCGAGAGAAUUUCCGCAAUCUCCUGCUCGAGCAAUGCACCCCCUCGCUACGACAACUCGUAUUGGCCGACUUAAUGGACACGGAGGACGCGAACGAGGUCCUGCCCGCGUACUACCUUCCCUCUUACGAUGUGGAUCUUCGCCGCCUCAAAGCCGUCCAGCUCGAGCCGCAGUACGGAGACAUGCUGCCCGACUCUUUUGUCCAUCCCGACGGACCUUUCGGCGAAGAGACCGCGAUCCUCCUCGUCUGGUCGGCAGGAAGGGAGACCUUCGAAUGGGACGAAACGAAGGAGCCCCCCGAGUACCUCCAGUUGAAGAUCCCGUCGUCGGUUCUUGAGGCAGAAUCUCGCUACUUCGCCAAGAUGAUCUACCGCAUCAGCGACAUGAUUGCCGUCGACUUCCUCUCGGCAGUCUUCCUGCCCAAAACCGUCCGCACGCGUUGCUUGGUCAAGCCGUGGAUCGAAGCAGCCAUCAAGACUCUCCUCAACAUCUGCAUCGAGUUCGACGUCUCGGUGCACUACUACAGCGACUGGGAGACGAUCGGGAUGUCGAAGGUCUUCCUGCGCUGCCUCGACGAUCCGGACAUGGAGGACGAGAGACCGCUCAUUAGCGAGAACCGCGGGUCGUCCAGGAUUGCGGACAUGCCCAAGAGCGAUGACGGAACGCUCUGGACGAUUGCGGAGGGCUUGCCGGACGAGGAGGAUUCGGACGAGGAGGAAGAUUCGGAGGAGUACGACGAGGAUUCGGACGGGCGUUGGACGGACCGUGAGGCCUACUACAACGACUGGGCAUCCUACGACGAGAGGGAAUACAGGUAUAGCUGGGACUCGGAUUGA